CUCAGCUUAGACGGUGGGACAACCUGCCCCAGAGCACAGCUACAGCAAGGCCACCUGUCCAGGUCCCCAUCCCAGGCUUGGCAAUGACCCUGGCGGCUUCUUCCCAGCGCUCCCAAAUCAUUCGCUCCAAGUUCCGAUCUGUCCUCCAGCUUCGGAUCCACAGACGGUAUCAGGACCCGAGUCUCUCAGGAUCCUUCACCGCCUCUCCGGUCUCAGAGUCAGAUCCCCGGAUCUCAGCCUCAGGCCCGGCUCUGGCUCCCUCCCCAGCCUCGCCCUUGGGCCCUGCCCCUUUCUUCUCCAGUCCUGGGGUCCUGCAUCCUGAGUCACAACGCUGCCCUUGGAAGUCCCUGAAGAAGGAGUCGCCCAAGAUCUCCCAACAUUGGAGGGAGGCCAAGCCCAAGGGGAACUUGACGUACCACCAGUACAUUCCCCCAGAGCCAAGACAAGGGUCUAGGGCAGACCCUCAGGCCAAAGGAUUGGCUGAGGGUCCCCCUGGGCCACCUCUGUGUGAAGAGACAAAAUCACAGAAGCCACCUUCUAGGAUGAAGCCCACUCCCCUCCCUCCCUCCCUCCCAGGAGUCUCCAACCCCUCGUCUCCUUCACACAAGUUGGAACUUCAGACCCUUAAACUGGAGGAGCUGACGGUCUCAGAGCUCCGGCAGCAGCUGCGCCUGCGGGGCCUCCCGGUGUCCGGUACCAAGUCGAUGCUCCUGGAGCGCAUGCGCGGAGGGGCCCCGUCCCGCGAGCGGCCGAAGCCAAGGCGCGAGGAAUGUCCCGCGGGUGCUCCCUGGCCACGCCUCAGGCCGAAGGCUCUUGUAGCGGCCCGACGGCAGGGCUCGUCCAAGCCGAGCUCAGCAUCUCCCCGGCCCCCUGUUCCUUGUGCCGCGGGAAACUUCGUGACCGCUCCGGCUCUGCCUCAGUCUCCGUCUGCCACUCCGGCUCCAGCGUUGACGUCUUCCUCAGCCCCAGCUUCAGCAGCUCUGACUCUGGAGGAGGAGCUGCAGGAAGCGAUCCGGAGGGCGCAGUUGCUUCCGAACCGGGGCAUCGAGGACAUCCUGGAGGAUCAGGUGGAGUCUGAUGGCACCCCAUGGGACAUGGCGGGUGACGUGUUCGAAUUGCUGCCCAUCUCAUGCGAGACACUCACGUGCGCCACCAACCACACUCAGUGGCUCGACUUCUGCCGGGCCCUGUCCAUGGGCACCUAAGUGUUGGUGUUCCGGUUCCCCAGUUUGGGGCUUUAAAUAAAUGAGGUCACACUGGUGGCUAAUGGGCGGAGCCUCGUGCAGAGCGGUGGGGUCCGCGUGGUUCCCUAGGCGGUGAGAGGAGACACAGCGGCGAGGAAGGGUCCCAGGGGAACUCGCCUCCUGCCCUAACGGCUCACCACCUGCCAUCAGCCUCCUGAACCUUGAGUGACCUGAAAAACAAGCCCUGUCCCAGGCUGUGCGCGGUAUAAAGGGUGAGCUGGGGACAAAAGCAGUGAGACCAGAGGCCACCGAGCAGCUGGGGGAGACCUUGGGACUGUGACCGAGGAGAAAGGAUGAUAAGCAACUCGAAAAUCAGCACGUUCUCACUGCUAAUUGAAUAUCACUGUGAAGUGUCUGUUUUGUGGGGUUUUUUUUACAUGUUUUCUACUGAAAGGCUUGCCUUUUUCUUACUGACUCAUAGACAUUCUUUGUAUGUUCUGGAC